AUGGUAGACAGUAUGUCGCAGGAUGCUGAGUCCUUUGAAAUGCUGAAAGCACUGUACGACUUUACCGCCGUUUAUCCCAAGACGAUCAGCUUCGACGAGGGCGAGUACUUCAUAUUGCAUCAGACGAGCGCCCGUCAGCGGAACUGGUGGCAGGUGGUCAGCAUGAAGGGCAACAUCGGAUUCGUCCCGUCGAACUACGUGAUGAAGCUGAAGGUGAAUCCACUCUUCCUAAAUGGUUUCCUGGAAUCGAGCAUAGAAUCGUUACGGCUUUCAACGGAGAAGGAAAUCAACGGUAUCAUCGGCCGGGAGGAACUGAUCAGUCGGUUGGUUGAGAAGAAGCGAAUGCUUGAAAAGCUGCUGAAGUAUGAACUGUCUGACAGCGAAUCCGAACCGCCAUCACCGAUAAAAAUGAGUAAUGGACACAUCAAACAACACGAUGGUGGUUACAGUGGAGAUCGCAGUGCACAGCUAAAGAAUGGCCCGCAGCGGCACUCACCACCCGUACCGGCAGAUCAGCAUCAAUCAACAGCAAAGAAGUCGAAGUCUAGCCCUGCCGUCGGUGAAGCUCAAGCUGCAGUUCCGCCACAAUUUAUCCAGGAAAGUCCCAGCACAGGUCUGCUGGCGGCGACGAAACAUUCGCAGCCUGAGGAACCCCAGAUACCGGUGGUGGUGUGUUCCACCAGCUCGACCCAGGAACCGAGCAGUACCCUGUCCGAAUUGUCGUCCGUGUCGUCUGAGCAGACGGAACCGACGAGCAAUAAUACUGCCACAACCGGUACGCUCACCGAGACGAGCGAUGAAAUAACGGCCAUCUCGCGUAUCGACGACCGUGCCCUGCCGGGUGAGGAACCGUCCGCUUCCGGCACGAUGCCAACGGAGGCGGAAAAUCAAACCGAUCACGAGCUGAACGAGCUGGAAACGACCAACAAUGAUGAUGUGACGGUGAGCGAGAAUGAACCGCAACCUUGCUCGGUGAAGGAACCUCAUGGAAUGGGUGAAGGCGAUGAAAAUGGUGGCGCAAAUGAAGCUGGUGUACCGCUGGUGGUGGAAGCGACGACGGAUGGUAGAGACGAUGGAACUUUGGCAAGCGACACCGAGCGUGAGGCAGGUUCCGGUGCGGAGUGUGGAGAGAGCAGUGUCGCCACGGGCGAUGACGCCGAACCGGCGGAAGAUCUCGACAAGCAGCCACCCGCGAAGGUGGACGCAUCGGAGGUGUACCAGAUUGUGGACGCGAUUCGGAAGAGUUCGAACCUUAGCUACGAGCUGUCCUGCGUCGCUCUGCGUGUCGUGUUGAGCGAGCUGGUGGUGUUGCUGCCACCGGCCGUCGUGCGACAUCUAGAGCCAGUCGCGGUCCAUCUCGCUGCACCGUUCGAUGUGUCUGAUGCUCUGCUAGGCAAAACACACGAUGCACAUCGGUUGCGACUAAUCUUUGGCGAGCUAUCGGACUGUAAGAAUGAUUCCGAGCAGCGCACGUGGAUGCUGCAUGAGGAUGAAGCCGACAUUAGCCAGUAUCUGACCGAGCUGAUCCGCAUCCUGACCGAUGCAGAUCCGAAGAUAUGUCGUGGCGAAAUGGCUUGUGACCAGUACCAGAGCAUCAUCAACCUGGUGCUGUACUACCAGAUGGAAACACGCUGGUCCAUCAGGAAGUUGCUGCUGGCGGCGUUCCGGGCAAUGUGCCACCUGGACUACACGACGGUCGACAUACUGCUUGGUUCGGUUUUACCGCUCGAGCUCGUGCAGGAUAUGGUGUCGAAUCCGCGCAACAUCGAAAAGCUGCAAGAACUCGCUAAUAUGCUUAUCAUCAUCUUUUCGAUCGGUCGCCGGAUGCCAAUCAAUCAGCAAGAUCAUUUACGUGCGGAUUUUAUUAUCUUUUUGCUGAAUAUUAUCGAAACACCGCCGGAAACCGACGUCCAGGAGAUGCUACCAGACAUUAUGAUAAACUUGAUACUCUCCUUCAAUCUGCAGUUUGAAAACUUUGCCGAAAAUGUUGUGCUCGAAGCGAUGGAACAGUUCAAGACGGCGAAAACGUUCACCGAAAAGAUCUUACUGUUGAUCAAUCGUGAAGAGGAUCCAGUACACACUUUAAAGCACACGCCGAUGAAUAUAAAUCCGGUGCUGAAGAUGCUUGUCGAUCUCUUUAGCCGACCAGAAACAGCCUCAAUUUUCUACACUAACGAUAACAAGGUGUUGAUUGAUAUUUUGGUACGGCAGCUGUCCGAUUUGUCUGCAGGUGAACCGAUUCGCAAGUGGUACCUGGAGCUGUGCAGAAAGAUAUUGCGCAACACCAACUAUCCGGAGCACCAGCAUCGAAAGCAGGACCUGAUGAAGAUCUUCACCCGCAUCUUCUGCGAAGAGACGGAGUGUAGUGCGAGCGAUCAGCAGAUCGUACGCGAAAUAGCGAACGAAUUUCCUCAAAUCUUCAAAGCAUGA